AUGUCUACCACUCGAGCAGUCACAUCGUCUACCUACAGCCUUUACCCAACCAUUCCCAAGAACUCCAAAUCGUUCGUUCCGAUCAGAGCUCCUUUCACCCCACCAGAGACACCGCCAGCAUGCGACGUCGAGAGUCAGGAUGACUACAUCGGCAAUACGGAUAUCAACUACUGCACCGCAUCCCUUGCACGACCGGUCGUAGCGGUUGUUGGUACUGGAUACGUAGGACUGCAUCUCGUGGAAGCCUUCGCCACUGCCUACGAAGUGAUUGCGUUCGACAUAUCGCAGCGAAGACUGGACGAGAUCGAGCCUACUCUCAAGGCCAUCUCCGCCGAAGGAACAUCAGAUGCGACACAACUCAGCAGGGCAUCCCACAUUCUCAUCUCAGUCAGCACCAUCAUCGACCAGAAUCAACAGAUCGAUACAUCAUGCAUCAAGAGUGCCAUCAAAACCAUCGACACAUUCGCUCGACCUGGCACAACCAUCAUCAUCGAGAGCUCUGUAGCGGUCGGUAUGACAAGAGACUUGCUACAGCCACUCAUGGACACAAAAGGAUUCCUCUGCGGCAUGUCCCCAGAACGUGUCGAUCCGGGUAGAUCGUACCCACGAUACGACGAGAUCCCGAAGAUCAUCUCAGGCCUGGACACCGCAUCGCUCAGCUCAAUUCAGCGACUCUACUCCGAAGUCUUCAGCACUCUCGUACCGGUUUCGGCUCCAGAGGUCGCCGAGAUGACGAAGCUCUACGAGAACUGCCAGCGAAUGAUGAACAUUGCCUUUGCCAACGAGAUGGCCGACGCCUGUAAACAAUUAUCCCAAUCCCUAACCUGCAAGAUCAACGCUGGGUCGAAACAACUCUCACCCUCGCCUAUCAACAUCGGCCCCUGGGAAGUGUCAAAGGCCGCCAGCACCAAGCCGUUCGGCUACAUGCCCUACACCCCAUCGCUUGGCGUGGGAGGUCACUGUAUCCCUGUCAACCCAUACUACCUCCUCUCAAACUCCAGUUUUCCCCUACUACAAGCCUGCACCGAGCGCAUGCGAGACCGUCCAGCGAGGAUAGCAGACCACCUCAUGAAUAGGAUCGGCUUUUCUGCAGGGUCACGGCCAGAAGUCCUUGUCGUGGGCAUGGGCUUCAAGCGAGGACAGUCAGUCCUUUCACAUUCUCCUGGUUUGGCUUUAGCGACACAUCUGCUCAACUCGUAUGAUGUUUAUGUCGAGUAUGUAGAUCCUCUUGUGGAAGAGCAGGAUGUUCCACCGGUUCCGCAGCUGAGGCAUGAAGUGGAUUGGAACGUGGAGUAUCUUAGUCGGUUUGAUGCAAUUGUGGUCGCGGUGGAUCAGCCAGGGCUUGAUAUGGGGGUGCUGGAACAGGUUCAUACUCAAGGACAGUAUGUUGAGUGGUAUGUAAGGAGAUGA